UGAGGCAGUGAAAUGAGGCCACGGCUGCUGGUCCACUUCCAGUCGCAGAUUUGAACAAAAACAGCAAACCAUCACUUCAUCGUGAACACAAAGUGUCUUUAAUCCGCGACCCGAGUGUCUCUGAGGACUUUCUGCAUUAAAGAGCUCAUCAGUCAGCACAGAACAGACAUGAAAACAGUUUGUUUUAUGAUCAAGACCCCUGCACAGAAACUGGAGGUGUGAAACCACAUGGACUCUGCUCUGCAUGUAGAAACUGAGACCAUUUAUUAAAGCAUAUUGUGUAUUUUUACACUGCAAUGUGAGAUGAGACAGGAGCCUCUCAAGGGCCUAAAGCAGCUUCAUUAACAAAUUAAGUAUACAUACUGUAAAUGGUUUGAAAAAAUAUUUUCACCUCUACAGGAUAAAAUAAGCAGUUUUUUUUUUUGUUUGUUUGUUUUUUGUUGUUUGUUUUAACGGGGAGCAACAGCAGAGCAGUGAAAAACAGGAAUCUGAUGGAAUUUAGAAACUGUUUUCUAGCAGCUGGUGCCGUAAAGUGGAGUUCAGGAGCAAUAAAAUAGCACAUAAACAAUAAAGAAAUAAGAAAACUAUAAGUCAGAGGAGUAACAAGCCCUUCACAAUGUAUUUAAAUGUGUACACUGGACAGUUUGAUUCAGAAAGAGGACAAAUCUAAAUAAAUGUUUAAUUAAAUAAACACACUGUUUGCACAAACAGCCUUAAAGGGCCUCUGUGUGUGAUUUAAUGCCCUCUAGUGGUGAGACUUCACAUUGCAACAAAUCCCAUCUCAGCUUUACUUCUAAAACAAACUCUAGGAGGGCCCUUAAGAACAAACAGGCAAUUAAAACUAACUGUUUUCAAAAUAUUUCUUAGGGAUUGAUGAUAUAUGACAUAUAUAUUGAACAUGUCUGUUAUGAUUGUUUCCUUUUAUAAUAGCCAGACUCACCAGGAUGCAUCAUUAGAGAGUUAAAACUCCCCAAAGACUCUUGGUGUCUUUAAAACAUGUUAAAUUAAGCUAUUGAUGUUCAAACAUUGAUGACAAAGGUUAGUAAUAAAAUCAGUCGCUGCACCUUGAGAUUUAUUAUUUAUCUCACUGCACCUGUUGGCAGCCUCAAAGGUUAUCUUCAACAAAAAUAAGAUAAGAUAUGCCUUUAUUUCUCUCACGGUGGAGAAAUUCACAUUGUUGUCAGCAGCAGUACACACAGAGAAAUGGUGCAAACACAGGUAUAAAAAUACAUACAUAAAUGACUUUAACAGUUGAAGUUUUCAAUGUUAAAAUAAGAAGAAACUUAGAAAAAGCAAAGCAAAACGAUUCUUUCUGUAAUCAUUACUUAUGUGACUAAUUGAUUCCACUUAAUAUUUUAAGUUCACUCAAGCUGUUUUCUCAAGUUCAGUUAAUUGAGCUACACUUUCACAACUCAGAAGAUUACUUGGAACUAACUAAUCAACUAAAGUGCAGGUAACUCAGUUUCUAAGCUGAAUGAAUUUAUAAUGAUUUACAGUGUAGAGCAGCUCCAGGAAGAACCAAAGACAAGAGAUAAAAACACUUAAUUUGAAAUUGACAUUGGCACCGGUUGGGCAGGAUUUUCUGCGAAAUACAAGCUGUAAAUGUUUUCUCUGUAUGAUCAAAGUAAGUCCUUUAUAGCUGAAGUUCACAAUAAUUAAGUUAAUGAUUUCCCUACCUCUGUAACAUGAAAGUGAAAGCUGUUUGUUGUUGGCAUGCACAGGUGAAACACGCGGAUGUAAAACCAGCAGCAACUCUGCGCGUCACUUCCCAGGAAGUCCAAAAGUUUUCCAUCUGGGCAGCAGGCUGCAGUGGGAGGAGGCAGCCAGAGGAAUAUGUGGGGUCUCUGCCAAGGCGGCAGGACACAGUUUGAACUGCUGCACUUUUGUUUUCUGUGAACACUCGCAAUAAUCAGCCGCUGACAGGGAGGAAAAACGCGCACGGAGCGAUGCGUAAAACCAGAUUUGCUCGGAAGAUUUUUUAACCAACAACAACAACAACGACUGCUGCUGAGUUUGGAGGAUGUUUCGGAGAUGGCCUGAACUUUUUCUUUCUCCUGCGUCUUCUUCUCUAAAGCCUGCAGGUUUAGGAGCAGCAGCAGCAGCAGGAACACACUCGGAUUGACUGCAGUUUGGACACAUAUCCUGUUUGCUUUUUGCGUGUUUUCCUCUCCGGCCUGGGGGGAGAUGAGCGCUCAGGAUGGGACUGUGCCUCGGUACCGAAGUUACAGAGGAGGAGAAGAAGGCGAGGAUUCACAGUGCCAAGAUAGACCGAGACCUGUACGAAAGCGCAAAGCGGGAGAUGAAUGUGGUUAAAGUUCUGCUGUUAGGUGCAGCUGAGAGCGGAAAAAGCACUUUGGUCAAACAGAUGAAGAUUAUCCACAGUAAUGGCUUCACCAAGCAGGAGCUGAGCAGCUUUAAGCCUGCAGUGCUCGAUAACCUCCUGACCUCCAUGAAGUUCGUCCUGCAUGGGAUGGGCGUCCUCCGCAUCAACUUGGCAAACAGCAGAAACAAGGUCCACGCCCAUUCUGUCCUGUCGUGUGGGCGGUGUUUUGACGAAGAGCAGGUGCUGUUUCCUUUCCUGAGCCAUGCCCUGUCCUGUCUGUGGGCCGACCAGGGGGUGAGGGCCGCGGCCGCCCGGGGAUACGAGUACGAGCUCAAUGACUCGGCGCUGUAUUUCUUCGAGAACAUGACCCGCAUCACGUCUCCAGACUUCGUGCCAACAGAGACAGAUGUCCUGCGAGUACGGUUGAGGACGACGGGUGUCAUAGAGACCCAGUUCAAAGUCAACCACCUCAUUUUCAGGAUGUACGACGUUGGAGGUCAGAGGACUGAGCGCAGGAAGUGGAUCGGUUGCUUCGAGGACGUCAGAGCGGUUCUGUUCGUGGUGUCGCUCAGCGGAUACGACAUGACCCUGGUGGAAGACCCCUCCAUGAAUCGUCUUCAGGAAAGCAUGAAGCUCUUCUCUUCCAUCUGCAAUAAUGUCUUCUUCCGCAGCACAUCCAUGAUUUUAUUCAUGAACAAGAUAGAUCUUUUUCAAGACAAGAUUUUACACUCUGGACGACAUCUGCGGUUAUACCUGCCGCAUUUUAAAGGUGCCGAUUGUGACGUGGACUCGGCCGCCCGCUUCAUCGCCGCCACCUUCGUCUCGCUCAACGCCGCGCCCAGCAAGCUCAUCUACCACCACUUCACCACGGCGACUGACACCUCCAACAUCCAGGUCGUCUUCCAGGUGGUCAUGGACACGAUCAUCAAGGAGAACCUGGAGGCGGUGUCGCUCCUGUGAAACUGCAGAAAUGAUAGGAAGACGAGACCCCACUAGACUUUGGAUGUCUCGUUUUAAAAGACCGAAAUGAUCAGAAGAAGGGUGCGAAGAUCAUCUCAUCCGAACAUGUCGCCUGCUAUCUUCUUCCUCCAUUAGGAGGUUGAUGAUGUUGCGUUUCUUCCUUUACAGCUUUUAAAACACAUGAAGGUGAAGGACCUCUUGGCCAAUCUUUUGUUUUUUGGGUUGAGCCCUAUAAAAUGCUGACUUUUGAAACUUUAUGUUCAAAGUAAUGGGCAUUAAUAUGUACUGUACUAUAAAAUCAAACCAUGAACAGUUGCUUUUUUUUCUGAAGACUUGAUAUAUACAUACGUUUAUUUGUGCCUUGUGUGGAGGCAAGAACAGGGAGGCGGAUGAGGAUUUACUGUUUGUUCGUUAACUUCCUCGGCUCACUCAUGCAUACCAUCAUGUGUUUUCCGCUCAUCCAUCACUGUGUCUCCGCUGUGCAGAUGCUGUGCGUCACACCCUCCUAAUGAGGCGCUGAUCACUGUAAAAGCAGCAUCAGUUUGUGUUUACUUGAGCUGAAAUCACCCACACGGCGUGCAUUUUAAUCUGAGCCUUCACUCGCUCCCCGGACUCAGUUCAAUCAGCGAUGAUGCUGAGAAAACCGAAUAUUAGAAAGCGUGUGUUGGGGAAAAAAAGAAAAAAAAAAUUCCCGAAGGGUCUGACUUGUGUUUGAUUUCCUUCCUUUCACCUGUGAUGGUUAUUGUUGCAGAAUCUGACACACAUAAACCCUGAUUUUUAUUUUUAUGUUUUUCAAGCAGGAUGAUGUCUCCUGUUUGUGAUUUGUGUGUCGUAAACUCUGUUGGAGUUUGUUUUGAGGGCUCCCCUGAGCAACUGACUCUGCUGUCAACAGCUACUCUGACUCCAGUAAUAAACAAGAUAUGGAAAUGGCUGAUGUAGCCUGAUAUGGAAACUGAAAGAAAGGGGGAAAACACCCCCAAGUGCCUUAUGAUGAAGUGGUUUUACUCUUUUCCCGUUAUUUAGAUGAUUCAUACGUGUGUGAAAUGUGUAUUUUCCCUUCUCUUUCCACCUCCAGAAUCAUGUUUCAUUCUGUAUCUCGACUCUUUUAGGUGUUAUGUUCGCAAACUGUUAUUUUAUGGUUUGUACUGCACUGGCAUUGCAGUACAAAAUACAUAUGAGAGGCUGUAAUUUUUUAUUUUCCUUGAGGUUGGUCAUGUGAAUGGAUAAAUGUAUCUCAUGCUGGAUAUGUUAUGUUAAAAGACUUGAAGACAAAUUUAAACCACACAGCAGGUAACCAGUGUUUGUUCAUUUUAAUAGAUAAAAUAAAUAAAAGUACUUUCCAGGAAA